CCAUUUCUUCGUUUUACAAAUUAAUUCAGCGAAAGACUGAAGACACCUUCUCCCCUUCUCUCUCUCUCUCUCUUAAAUUUUCUCCAUCCAUAUGAUUUCUUUUCUCUCUUGUGCUUAGCCGUAGCUAGGCCGCUAUACCUAUAUAAAGAAGAAGCAGAAACUACAAGCUUUGCUUUGCUGCUUGAGAAUUCAAAUGGGUAGGUCACCGUGCUGUGACAAGGUGGGUUUGAAGAAAGGACCAUGGACACCAGAAGAAGACCAGAAACUCUUGGCUUACAUUGAAGAACAUGGCCAUGGCAGUUGGCGUGCCCUCCCAACAAAAGCUGGGCUUCAGAGAUGCGGAAAGAGCUGUAGGCUUAGAUGGACGAACUAUCUCAGACCUGAUAUCAAGAGGGGAAAGUUCAGUUUGCAAGAAGAACAAACCAUUAUCCAACUCCAUGCCCUAUUGGGGAACAGGUGGUCGGCCAUAGCAACUCACUUGCCAAAGAGAACAGACAAUGAGAUAAAGAACUACUGGAACACGCAUCUUAAGAAGAGGCUAGCCAAAAUGGGCAUCGACCCCGUCACGCACAAGCCAAAGAACGAUGCCCUACUCUCCACUGUCGACGGUCACUCCAAGAACGCCUCCAACCUCAGCCACAUGGCGCAAUGGGAGAGCGCUCGCCUCGAAGCCGAAGCCCGGCUUGUCAGAGAAUCCAAGCUGCGUUCCCACAGUUCAUUAAUCCAUCAGCUCACAAGCAGCCCAAGCAACAAGAUGGAGUCUUCAUCAGCUAUGGUGCCUAUGCCUUCUGCUGCUGCAAGGUCUUUGGAUGUGUUUAAAGGUUGGAAUGUUGGUGGUGGAUGGCCAGCGUCAAAAUCAUCUAAUGUUGAUCUUGAGUCUCCAACUUCUACACUCACUUAUAAUUCUUCUGAGCAGAUUAAUGUGAAUGCAUCAGCAUCAGCAGUUGUGGUGCCUCCAAUUAUGCAGCCUAUGAUUGAGCUUGUGGGGUCCUCAGGUUCAUCUGAGACCAAAGAAGAAGGUGAUCAUGAUCAAGAUUGGAAAUCCCAUUUGUCUUUCACUUCAGGGCUUCAUGAUCACAUCACAAUGUCCCUGGAAGCAGGGGCAUGGACUGGUGAGGUUCAUGAUCAUCAUCAUGGAGGAGGAGGAGGAGUUAGUAGUAAUGUGGACAUGGCAGAUCAAGAAGGGUUCACUGAUCUUUUGCUUAACAACUCUGAUGAAGUACAGAGCUUGUCAGAUGGCGAGCGCGGCAGCCGCGGAGACUCUGAUAAUGGUGGUGGCAGUGGAAGUGGAAGUGGUAGUGACUACUAUGAGGAUAAUAAGAAUUACUGGAAUAGUAUUCUCAAUUUGGUGAAUUCUUCUCCAUCUGACUCUCCAAUGUUCUAAUCACAACCGUGCACCAAAAGAGUUUGAGUUAGUGAUGAUUUGAAGAACUGAUUGAGGAUCAAAUUGCCAAUCAUGUCAAUGAAUUACGAGUCCGAAAUUCAUGAUGAUGUGAUAUAUAGGAGGAUGAAUGCUAUUGGCAAAGCAGUUUUUGGUUGCUUCUACAAUGUUCAUAGGCUAGGUCGUACCCCCCCCCAAAAAAAAUUGUAAUAAAAUGUGCUUGACAUGCAUGCAUGCUUUGUAUUCUUGUGAAAGCAAAUAAUUACAGUUUUGGCUGUAGCUCU